UCAUCAACGUGCGCCUCCUGUUGUGUUGUCCGCGCUAUUUAGCAGCGUGUUUUGGUUAGUGGUGUGCUACAACUGCCGUUACGGGCAUAGUUUUCUUUUUUCUACAGCGUGUCAUUUCUUAGUUAUGGAUAUGGACAGUGCCAGAUUGGUGGUGCUGCAGACCCUGACUCAGGCCACCAGCCAGGACACAGCGGGGCUGAAGCCUGCAGAGGAGCAGCUCAAACAGUGGGAGACCCAGCCCGGAUUCUACUCUGUCCUCCUGAAUAUCUUCAACAAUCACAUGCUUGACGUGAAUGUCAGGUGGCUUGCUGUGCUCUACUUCAAAAAUGGCAUUGACCGCUACUGGAGGAGAGUGGCCCCACAUUCCUUGUCGGAAGAGGAGAAGACAUCACUGCGUGCUGGUCUAAUUACAAAUUUCAAUGAGCCAGUCAACCAGAUCGCCACCCAGAUUGCAGUGCUGAUAGCCAAGGUGGCCCGUUUGGACUGUCCCAGACAGUGGCCAGAGUUGAUUCCCAUUCUGAUGGAGUCUGUGAAGGGCCAGGAUGGCCUGCAGCAACACCGAGCCCUGCUCACCUUCUACCACGUCACCAAGACCCUGGCAUCUAAGCGUCUGGCCCAGGACCGGCGCCUCUUUGAGGACCUCGCAUCGGGGAUCUACAGCUUUGCCUGUUCCCUGUGGAGCCACCACACCGACUGCUUCCUCCAGCAGAUCUACGCCAGUGACGAGGCCGCCGCUCUCAGUUCGCUGGAGAGGACGCUGCUGUCACUUAAAGUGCUUCGCAAACUGACAGUGCAUGGAUUCCAGACGCCGCAGCAAAAUAUGGAAGUGAUGGGCUUCCUGAAUGCCGUCUUUGAGAGGCUAAAACAGUUCCUGGAAUGCUGUCGCCGAGUUGGAAAAGACGGCACAUGCAGAGAGAAGCUGGAGAAAACAAUUAUACUUUAUACUAAAGUGUUGCUCGACUUCCUGGACUACCACCCGGUUGCAUUUAUCUCGCUGAUCCAGCAGUCCCUGGAGUUUGCGGUCAGCUACCUGUUCACGCACGUCGGAGAGGGGGUCACCUUCGAGCGGUUCACCGUGCAGUGCAUGAACCUCAUCAAGAUGAUCCUCCAGAACCACACGUAUAAACCUGCCAAGAACAUCGAAGACAGCAAGCCUGAGAGUCUGGAGGCUCACAACAUCAAGACGGCCUUCUUCACACACCCCACGCUGACGGAGAUCGGACGUCGGCUCGUCUCACACUACUUCCUCCUCACCGAGGAAGAGCUGGCCUUGUGGGAGGAGGACCCCGAGGGCUUCGCUGUAGAGGAAACGGGUGGGGACUCCUGGAAGUACAGUCUAAGGCCAUGCACAGAAGUACUCUUCCUAGAUUUGUUCCACAAAUUCAGCCAGACCAUGACACCGGUGCUACUGGAGAUGGUGCAGAACCUGCAGGGACCGACCAACGUGGAGGAUCCCGUUCAGUUGCUGAUAAAGGAUGCAGUGUACAAUGCAGUGGGCCUGGCAGCGUAUGAUCUUUUCGACAACGUGGAUUUUGACGAGUGGUUCAAAAACCAACUUCUAGGGGAGCUCCAGGUCAGCCAUCACAGGUACAAGCUGAUCCGGAGACGGGUCAUCUGGCUCAUAGGCCAGUGGAUAUCUGUGAAGUUCAAAUCCGACCUUCGACCUCUACUCUACGAGGUCAUACUGAGCCUCAUGCAGGAUCCGGACCUGGUGGUGCGGAUCGAGACUGCCACUACUUUGAAGCUCACAGUCGACGAUUUUGAAUUCAGGACUGAGCAAUUUCUUCCAUACUUGGAGUCAAUCUUUGGGCUGCUCUUCCAGUUGCUGCAGCAGGUGACGGAGUGUGACACAAAGAUGCAGGUGUUGCAUGUCAUCUCCUGCGUCAUCGAGAGGGUCCACAUCCAGAUCCGGCCAUACGUAGGCUGUCUGGUGCAAUACCUGCCUCUGCUCUGGAAACAGUCUGAGGAUCAUAACAUGCUGCGCUGUGCCAUUCUCACCACUCUCAUCCACCUUGUCCAGGGCCUCGGAUCAGAGAGCAAGAACCUGUAUCCCUUUCUUCUUCCUGUCAUCCAGCUGAGCACUGACGUGUCGCAGUCUCCACAUGUAUACCUCAUGGAGGAUGGACUGGAGCUGUGGUUGGUCACGUUGGAGAACAGCCCUGCCAUCACCCCGGAGCUACUCAGGAUUUUCCCCAACAUGUCAGCCUUGCUUGAGCUCACCUCAGAGAACAUGCGGACCUGCUUCCAAAUCAUCAAUGCCUACAUCUACCUGUCUGCGACCGAUUUCCUUCAGAACUAUGCAGAGGCCCUGUGUCGAUCCUUCUGUCAUCUUCUCAAAGACAUCACUAAUGAAGGACAAGUUCAAGUGCUCAAGGUGGUGGAAAUAGCGCUGAAGGUAAGCCCCAUACUGGGGGCCCAUAUGUUCCAGCCCCUGCUGCCAGCUGUCCUCCGAGGUGUCGUAGACGGAGAGAGGUACCCCGUGGUGAUGUCGACUUAUCUGGGCAUCACAGGCCGUGUCCUGCUGCAGAACUCCAGUUUCUUCUCCUCUCUGCUCACACAGAUGGCCUCUGAGUGCAACCAGGGGAUUGACCAGUUGCUGGGCAAUGUGAUAGAGAUGUGGGUAGACCGCAUGGAUAACAUCACCCAGCCUGAAAGGAGGAAGCUUUCGUCCCUGGCCCUGCUCUCUCUUCUCCCAUCGGACAACAGUGUGAUCCAGGACAAGUUCUGUGGCAUCGUCAACAUCUGCGUGGAGGCUCUGCACGACGUGAUGACCGAGGACUCUGACACGGGCACCUCCAGAGACUGCAUGCUGAUGAGCAAUUUUGAGGAGCCCAAACUAAGUGAGGAUGAGGAGCCACCCACUGAGCAGGACAAGAGGAAGAAACUGCUGGCCCUUGAGGACCCGGUGCACAGCGUGUCCCUGCAGCAGUUUGUGUACGAGAAGCUGAAGGCCCAGCAGGCACUGAUGGGGGACCAGGCCUUCGGUGUUCUGAUGGAGACAGUGGACACAGAGAUCGUCCGGCAGCUCCAGGAGUUCCUGCGAGGCCUCUGA